UAAAGUUUUGGGAAGAGUUCGUUGGAGAUGCUCUUACAAAAUUAUCUAUGGUCACUGAUUUUGCUGUUAGCCCCAAGGAAAAAAGUUUAUCUUGAGAAUCAGAUUGUUCUGUUUGUUUAUUUAAGACAAAGAACGCUAUGGAGACGACCAAGUUUGGUUCAUUCGAUCGUGCCAGCGAGCUUAGAGCUUUCGACGAGACAAAGACAGGUGUUAAAGGACUCGUCAACGCCGGAAUAACACAUCUCCCACGAAUCUUCCACGAAUCACCUUCCAACUUAGCAAACCCCAAGCCGCCUUCCACCGACUUGCUACAUCUCACGACGAUUCCAACGAUAGAUCUUGGAGGACGAGUCUUUGAGGACGAGGCUAAGCGCAAGAAUACAGUUGAUGGGGUUAGAGAUGCAGCAGAGAAGUGGGGGUUCUUCCAGGUGAUCAACCAUGGAGUUCGUGGGGGUUUAACGAGCAAACCCCCUGAAGUGAAGAAACAAUACUACAGCCGAGAUUUCAGGAGAGAGUUUGUGUAUACAAGUAACUUCGAUCUCUACACUUCAUCAGCUGCAAGUUGGAGAGACACUUUCUCUUGUUACAUGGCUCCAAAUCCUCCAAAACCACAAGAUCUGCCAGCGAUUUGUAGGGAUGUUAUGUUGGAGUACACAAAGCAAGUGGUGAGUCUAGGGGAGUUUCUAUUUGAGCUUUUAUCAGAAGCUCUAGGGUUGAACCCUAAUCACCUCAAGGAGAUUGAUUGCCCCAAGGGCUUGCGCAUGCUUUGCCAUUACUACCCACCCUGUCCUGAGCCUGACCUAACUUUAGGCGCAAGUAAGCACAGCGACAGCUCUUUUCUUACCGUCCUUCUUUCGAAUCAAAUCAAAGGGCUUCAAGUUCUCCGCGAAGGGUACUGGUUCGAUGUUCCUCCUGCUCCUGGUGCACUCAUCAUCAACCUCGGAGACCUUCUCCAGCUUAUAACAAACGACAAGUUCAUUAGUUCGGAGCAUAGAGUCUUGGCUAACAGAGCCACAGGAGCUAGAGUCUCGGUCGCAUGUUUCUUCACAACCGGCAUUAGACCGAAUCCUCGAACUUACGGACCAAUAAGAGAGCUUGUGUCUGAAGAUAACCCUCCAAAGUACAGAGAGAUAACCGUUAAGGAGUUCGCUGCUCACCGCAGUGCCAAAGGACAUGACGGAACCUCUGAUUUGCUCCAUUUUAAAAUAUGAACAUGGUGAUCAAAGAGUGCAUGUGUUGUUCGUAUAAACACGAAGUUAGUUGGAAGUAAAAGUAUAAAACUCUUCCGGGUUU